UAUGCGUGAGGGCCAUGGGGUGGCUCAGGGUGCAGUGUGGUCUUCUGCCUUGGUGCGAGAAGUACCCUCGGAAUACCUUCUUCUGCGUGGAUGUAAUCUGAAGGUGCGAAGCCCGGGCAAGGGAGGACGUGUUGGGCGCCCCUAAAGCUUCCCUAAGGGCAUGGGGCGUUGCGCAAAGGGGGGAGUGAUGCUCUUUCAUGAACUCGCAUGAAAAAAUCGACUAGUGUCGGGAGGUUAUGAGAUGUCAUCGAGUGUUGAGUGUGAGAAAUAUCUGAACCUCGAAGUUGCUAGGUGCGCUGUGUCAAGGAGGAAGAGGAGGCGAGGCGAGGGGAGCCCUGGAGGCCAAACAUCCUCGAGGAUGUACCUAUGAAUGUGCGACCUUCAGGAUAGAAAUCUGAAGAUGCUUUGAAAAUCACUCCAUCCAAGUCAGUUCCCUCGUGAAGUCCCCCUCUCCUCCUUCCCCGUUCCCACGGUCCCUCCUAAGGUGUAAAUAAUAAGGAAUUUAUGUGAUCUAGAAGUGCUCUCGCAAAAAAAAGUGAAUUACAAGGAAAAAGAAAAGUAAAUUGUGAUUAAAAGUGACGAGGAUCGGCGAGUAUCCCGCUUGUGUGUUCACCAAAAUAGAUGUAUUGAAACAAACAGAUCUGGCGCUAGAGAUGCCCCGAGCCCGCCAGCAAGACACAUUUCUCGCGUAGCGCUGCAACAGGUGAUGUAAAAUGCUGGAGAUAUCAACGCGGGCCGCGGCGGGUGCUGAGGGCCUCCUCGCCCUGUUGGCUGUAGCGACGCUGUGCAUAAUGUGUGUCUCUCCUGUACAGGCCAGCGAGUUCUUCCUAGAGUCCUCUGACAAACAGAUCUUGGACUAUCUCCUACACAGCAGCAGAUAUGACAAGAGAAUACGACCACUAGUAAAAGACGGUCCACUCAGUGUCAACGUCAGUGUCUUGUUACUCAGGCUCGCUUCGCCUGACGAAUCCAGUCUGAAAUACGAGGUGGAACUCCUUCUUCACCAGGACUGGAUAGACCCUCGCCUCAAGUACGAUGACGCUGGACGACAUUCGUACCUCAGUGGGAUGCACCACAUAGAUGAUAUCUGGCUGCCUGACACAUACUUCAUCAUGCACGGAGAAUUCAAGGAGAAUCUAUCUAAAGACAAGAUCGCCUUAAAGAUAUACAAGGAUGGAAAAGUCUCCUACACUAUGAGGAAGUACCUGAUACUUUCGUGCGAGGGGAACCUUAACAAGUUCCCCUUUGAUGAUCCAAAUUGCACCUUUUCCAUGGAGAGCAUAUCCUACGAGAAGAAAGACUUGGAAUACCAUUGGCUCAACGACACUGGCAUGGAGAACGGGAGUUCCCUCGCCAAGUCCAACAAUUUUCGGUCCCUCAACGCUUAUAUGAUCUCAAACCGAACCCUAGUCUGUCAGGAGGAUACCUUCUUCUGGAGAGGGGACUACAGCUGCCUCAUGGUCAACCUCGUGUUCACAAGGGACGACGUCUUCUACUUCAGCACGGUUUUCUUCCCCGGGAUGGUCUUGGUCACGAGCUCCUUCAUAACGUUUUGGCUGGAGUGGAACGCCGUCCCUGCUCGCGUCAUGAUCGGCGUCACCACCAUGCUCAACUUUUUCACCACGUCCAACAGUUUCCGCGAAUCCCUGCCGGUGGUGUCCAAUCUAAACGCCAUGAACGUGUGGGACAGUGUCUGCAUGUUCUUCAUUUAUGUGUCUUUACUAGAGUUCGUGGUGGUGAACUACGUCGGAAGGAAGAGACCCAAACACAACAUGGCCUACAUGCCUGGAGAGAAUGCGGUCAUCCAGGUAUUAAUAGAGAACAAACAUCGGAUCCCGCAAGCCAUCCACCGGAUUGGCCUCAGUUUGGUAAGCGGCUGGACGGAACGGAUGCGGCCAGGUGGUCCUGUAGGGUCUUCGGGCACCGAGGUGGCGUCGGGCAACAGAAAUUCUCAUGAACUCGUGUCUUGCGCCAACUGCGGCAACUCCCAGUGUUCUCACACCAAUGCCCCUAACAACUGCCCCAACGGAGAGGACGUGACAGUAACAGAACCAGUGGAAGUCAGUCAGGUAGAGUACACUUUUAAGCCUCACAAGAAGGACCCUCCCCAUCCAAUCAGGGUAGCCAAGUCAAUCGACGUCAUUUCCCGCAUCGUCUUCCCUUUGGGGUAUUUCAUCUUUCUUUUAUACUUCUUCAUUACCUACAAGGGAUUUGAAGUCUGAAGGGAAUCAUCCGCACCUCUCCACGUCAUUCUGAAGGGAAACUUGUGUAUCUCUCCACAGUGCUUGACGAACUACUUUACAAGAAGUGCCCUUGUGAGAGAAGCAUUAGCUUGUGUGACAGCCUCAUCGACAAGUGUAUCUUUUCCUUGCAUGUUCUGAACCUAAGAUUGAUCUGACUUCACAUUUUCAAAAUAUUUUAAAGCACAUUAUUCCAACUCAUGGCAUUAGUCAGUGUUCCUAUGAACAGUUACUGCACUGACUUCCUUUACGAUACUAUUGAUUUGUUGAUAAACUGCAGUUAGUUUACGUGAUGAGGCUCUAAAACUUGCCAUAGAGGUGAUAGGGCACUUUAUUUAAUGAUCAAAAGAUCUCACCUUUAUCAACCAAGUGUAUAUACAUUUUUAUUCCUAUUGUACUUCGUAUCCUUUGUAUUCCUUUGUUGUUAAUUUCCGGCAGUGUCCCAAAGGGUCAGAUUUGUUGAACGAGCCAAAAGGGCAAAUGCAUUUAAGAUUUAGGCCCAGUACUGUAAAACAUCACUGAUUUUGUAAUAUAUAUUUGCAUUUUUCUAUUUCCAUGUGUAUUUCACAUUUUGGAGACAUGGUAUUGUUGAACAAAACUUUUGGGAAGUUUUAGCUAAAAAGAACUUUUGUACAUUAAAUGGUUUUCACAGGUUUUAGUGAUCCCUAGUUUGACAAUUUCAUACUUUCUGAAUUCCUGUAUCAUUUCACUCUACAUGUUUACUUUGUUCACAUUUACAUGUUACUGUUCAUCAUGCUCUGUAUCACCAGGUAUUUAAAGGUGUCCCAUGCUACCUGCUGUGGUUAAGGUUUGGUGGACACCGUGGUAUAUGAUAUGAGGGACUUAAAUCAUUGGGUUACUGUAGUGUCCGCUAGAUUUUUUAUGUCGUGAUAUACGAAGAAAAUGUCUUGUAAUGCCCUCCCUGAUUUUUUUCUCUCGAAUGUUCAUGUGGAAACGAAGGAUCAAGGUGAAAUGGCCUUGACGUGAAGUCCUGCUGGCUCCUCGGAUCCCUCCUUCACCUACCUCACAAAGGAUUUAGAGGAUGAACUUCCUCGAUGUCUGCUCCCCUUACACGAUUUUGUCCAAAAUUUGAUAAAAGCUAAAAAUAAAAAAAUAAAAAUCUU